AUGCCGAUUAUAAUUAAAGAUUACACAUGGACUCAAACAGCUCAAUCCUUAAGUAUAAAGAUUCCUUUAAAUUCAGGAAACAAAAAUAAUAUUGACUUAUUUACAACUGAUUCGUAUAUAAAAAUAAAUUACGCUCCGUUCCUGUUCGAAAUGUUCUUGCUGCAUGAUGUGGACAACGAUAAAAGCAAAUGCACGAUACUUGAUGACUUGAUUGUACUCGAUAUGAUUAAAAGACAAGAACAUGACUGGGAAUGCCUGGAAAAAUGUUUAAGCAAAGAAGAAAAAAAAGAAUUAAGACAGAAAAUAUACAAAAAAUCCCAAGAAGAAGCGAAGGAGCGAGCUGAACAAAGAUCUAUAAAAAAGAGUCAAUUAGACAGGUUUACCGUACAACGGGCAAUGGAUAUAGAUUCUAAACAACAUUCAUUGAUGGAUUCCCGAAGAGAUGCUGAACGUAACAAAGCAAUGAAUGAGUUGGAACAGUGGCGCGAAACACUGCCUAAUGAGAGAAAUAAUGACUCUUACAAUAAUAGUCACAGUAUUGAAAAACAUUACGGUAAUACAAACAUUAAUAAAAUAAAAUUCAAUGAGUACAAUGCAUCUAAAAUUAUUGAAUUAACAUCCUCUGACGAGGAAAAUGACGAAGGACUUUCAAAAAAAAAUUCGCAACAAAUAAAAAAUCUGCCGAUAGCCUCUAAAAUUGUCAAACAACCUAUAAAAUCUGAAUAUGUUGAAAAGAAAAAACUAGAAGCAGCUACGCGAGUCUUGCCUAAGCCAAGAGAAACUAGACAACUUGAGAUCAAACAUACUCCGAGAUCAUUUCCAACGCCUAGCAGAGAAUCAACAGUGAAAGAGGAGGAAGCCUGGUUAAAAAAUGUCACACAAGCUAGAAGAGCCACUGGUUUCGUAUCUGAGGAUCUCCGUCCCGAGGAACAAGAUCCUCAGUGGUGUAAAGAGAAAGGCGAUGAAUUCUUUCGCAGUGGAAAUUUUUUGGGAGCCAUAAGCGCCUACACGCAUGGUAUGGCACUGUCCGAUAAGUUGCCAAGUCUAUAUUCCAAUAGGGCAGCAACGCAUUUUCCUCUUGGAAAUUUUAAUAAAUGUGUAAACGAUUGCUCCACUGCUCUGGAUUUAAUGAAACCGCCUUGCGAAGGUAACCGCCGGAGUCGCGCUAAAUGUAUAGCACGGCGCGCUGCCGCCCUCGCUCGCCUGGGUUUCUUGAGCAAAGCCAUCGACGAGAUGAAAGCAGCGUCAAAGUUGUUACCGGAUGAUGAAAAAAUCAAAAAAGACAUUUAUGACAUGGAAAGAGCUUGGGAGCAAAAUCCUGAUUCAGAUUGA